CCUCCAAUCAAUACAAUACAGUACUACAACUCUCCUCAAUUCACUCCAACAACACUAGUCUAAUUGUGUGUGUCUUACAAUGGCUGCCUUUCAGAUGUCAAGCUUAGGGAGCUUCGCAGGGCAGCCCCUUAAUCAACCAAGGAAUGAAUUCGCCAGGCAAAUGGGCAUCGCAAUCGGCAAUUUUGAGUCUCGUGUUAACAUGCGUAGGACCAUUAAGAGCGUCCCACAGAGUCUCUGGUAUGGACCAGAUCGCCCCAAGUACUUGGGUCCCUUUUCGGAACAAACACCUUCAUAUCUAACUGGAGAGUUCCCUGGUGACUAUGGUUGGGACACCGCAGGCCUAUCUGCAGACCCAGAAACAUUUGCCAAAAAUAGAGAACUAGAAGUCAUCCAUUGUCGAUGGGCUAUGUUGGGUGCCUUGGGUUGUGUCUUCCCAGAAAUUUUAUCCAAAACUGGCGUCAAAUUUGGUGAAGCUGUGUGGUUCAAAGCAGGAUCCCAAAUAUUUAGUGAAGGUGGCCUUGACUAUUUAGGCAACCCUAAUCUUAUCCAUGCACAAAGCAUAUUAGCCAUUUGGGCAUCCCAGGUAGUGUUGAUGGGUUUGAUUGAGGGGUAUAGAGUUGGUGGUGGACCACUUGGUGAGGGGUUGGAUCCUCUUUAUCCUGGUGGAGCAUUUGAUCCAUUGGGUUUGGCAGAUGAUCCUGAGGCCUUUGCUGAGCUCAAGGUAAAGGAGAUCAAGAAUGGGAGAUUGGCUAUGUUUUCUAUGUUUGGAUUUUAUGUGCAGGCUAUUGUAACAGGAAAGGGACCAAUUGAGAACUUGUAUGACCAUUUAGCAGAUCCUUCUACCAACAAUGCUUGGGCUUAUGCUACCAAUUUUGUUCCUGGCAAAUGAUUUACUCAAGUUUUAAGUUGAGAAUAGCUUUUGGGAGCAAGUUGUAUCAUAAUAUGUAUCUAUAUAUUAUGCUAAAUAAAGAUUUUGAACUGAAUAAUACAAUAUCA